CGUGUUUUGUGUUACAAAGACAAUAAAAUAUUUCGUAUGGAUGUGAUAUGGUGCGGUGUGAAAUAAUGCGAGGUGAACCAGCUUACACACAGAGGGAUCGAAGGGAAUCGAAUCAUCGACGAUUACAUCUGGGCAUAGAUAAUUCGUUCAUUCCUACGACACGAUGCCAAGGGGGGAAGAUUUGGUACCAUUGCAGCAUGGAUGCAAAAAGGUAUGCCAUGCUGUGCAAUGCCACGCAAUGCAAUGUGCUCCGUCCGUUUCACUCCCACCCCGCGGACAACUCAACUUUCCAUACACUAUAUAAUACCAUAUAAUCUAGCAGCAACCCUUCUUUUCUCCCUGCCCGGCGUUGUUGUUUCCACCAGAGAGGCUGAUGGAUUGGCCGGCCGACAGAGAGGGUCCACCCGCAGCAUCUUCGGCGGCAACGUUGCGCCGGGACAUGAGCCGGUAGAUCUCCGUCAGGAUUCGCUGAAAGGCCGUGUCGACUCCGGAGGCGUCAAGCGCCGACGUUUCGAUAAAGGCAAGGUUGUGUUGCUCCGAAAACGACAUGGCCUCGUCGGUCUCAACUGCCCUCAGGUGGCGCAGAUCACUCUUGUUGCCCACGAGCAUGACGACAAUGUUGGCCUCGGCGUGGUCCCUGAGUUCCUUGAGCCACCGCUCAACGUUCUCAAAGGUCCCGUGCUUCGAGAUAUCGUAGACCAGCAGGGCACCAACAGCUCCCCGGUAGUAGGCGCUGGUGAUGGCCCGGUAGCGUUCCUGUMCCGCCGUGUCCCAGAUCUGUGCCUUGAUGGUUUUGCCCUCGGCCUGGAUGGACUUCGUGGCGAACUCGACCCCGAUGGUCGACUUGGACUCGAGGUUGAACUCGUUGCGAGUAAAUCGGCUUAGGAGGUUAGAUUUUCCCACGCCAGAGUCCCCGAUCAAGACAAUCUUGAAAAGGUAGUCGUAUUCUUCAUCAACUCGUGCCGCCAUUGUGCUUGUUUUUGUUGUUUUAUUGAGUGAAAAAUUUGUGUAUAUUAUGUGAUUUUACUUGGUGAUUGUUAGAAGUUUCUCUCAAAUGUGUUUCUCGUUUUCGUUGUCUCUACGAUGGGUGAUCGAUUGAGCAAUGGAUUUGCAAGAAGGCAACGUUCGGAGGUUAGAAUUGAAUG